UUCACGAUCAAAUUUUUUCCGGAAGUGGCAUUCCAGCAGUGCGCUCUUGGAAUCGCUUCGAACGUAAAUAAAUUACCAGUUUCCGAAUCCUCCUCAGUUCUCACAUUAUCCAGUUCAUCGCUAAACCCACAACAACUCCGGUUAACAAUCCCCGCCGACGAAUCGAAUCCACGCUCUUAGGGUGAAUGAUGAUGCCUCGUCACGAUAGAAUUAGCGAACUACCGGAAUCUUUGAUUACUCAAAUACUCCUACACCUUCCGACGAAAGAUUCGGUGAAGACGAGCGUGUUAUCGACUAGGUGGAAGAAUCUAUGGCUACAUGUCCCUGGGCUUGACUUAAACUGCCGUGAUUUCUCUUUCAAAAACCAGAACGAGCUUGAGAUGGUUCGUUUCAUCGACAGGUUUCUCCAGUUCAACCCUGAGUCACGCCUUCUUAAAUUCAAAGUUGAUUACAGUAGAGAUCAGAUCCCCCAGUUCGAGGAUCGGAUCGGUGAUGCGGUUAGCCGCGGGGUUCAGGUUCUAGAUGUGAAGAGCAAUACAUUGUAUCAAGAUGCUGAUGAUGGUCUUGUUUAUCCUUGUAUCGAGUUUAUGCCUUUGAAUCUCUAUACCAGCAAGACUUUGCUUUCUUUAAAGCUCUUGUGUUCUGGUCUUUGGGAGCCUGAGGGUUUAGUUUACAUGCCUUGUCUUAGAUUCAUGCAUCUUCAAGGACUUAGAUGGCGUAGUAGUAGUGGUAGUGGUGGUAGUACUAUGAAUCUGGAGAAGCUCGUCUCAGGUUGUCCUGUUCUUGAAGAACUCACCUAUGUAAAGGAUAUUAAUGAUGAUGAAUCGGUGGUUACGCGUGUGAGAUCUAGGAGCCUGAAGAGGUUUACUGCUCCGGUUGAGUAUGGGUGUUAUGGUAAUCUGGGAGUGGUUCAGACGUUUGAGAUUGAUGCUCCAGGUUUAGAGUAUAUGAGUCUCAAAGAAGACCAUUUUGAUAGAAUCGUUGUCAAGAACCUGACUUCUUUGUUCAUGGUUGACCUUGAUAUCAAAUUCAUUGUCGAGUCUGGCCGGAUGUUUGAUUCGGAGGACUUAUCAAAGAGAAAUGAAAUCUGUGAUUUUCUCACUGGGAUAUCUAGUGUUAGACAUAUGACCAUCUCUCAUCAAACAGUGAAGGUCCUUGGUCUUUACUCAAAAGUAGGAGUGAUUCCCAAAUUCAACAACUUGUCCCGUUUACAUGCUGUGUUCCCGAGCUCUUUCAUACAGUUUUUGCCAGUCUUUCUUGAGAGUCUCCCGAACCUGAAACACUUGAUCUUGGAGAUUCCUUAUGUGGAGGAGAGGACGGAGGAAUUCAAAGUCAUAAAUGUGCCUCAGUGUUUGGUUUCGGCUCUCGAGUUUCUUGAGGUGAAACGAUUGUUUGACUGGGGGAAAGAGGAGUUGAAAACAGCGAGCUACUUUCUUGAAAACUCAGCAGUCCUCAAGAAACUGACUCUGAGGUUCAUGGGUUGUCCUCAAUACUAUUCGGAUACAGAUAUCUAUGAGGAGCUUAAUAAUCUCACAAAAAGAUCUCCAACAUGUCAAAUUAUCAUUGCCUGAUUUCUCAGUUCCAAUCUUUGUUUCAGAUAUAUUAUAAGAUGUUCAGUUUUCUUCUACUUUUUAAUCAUAAUUUCCAAUAAUUUUCUGUUUUA